GGCCUGCUGGGCUCGCAGCGACUGCCGCCUGGACAUGGCUGCGCUCGACGACCUGAUGUCCGCUGUGGCUCGCUCCAGACCGAUGUACGCACGCCGCCUGCUGCAGCAAUUCGUCGAGGCUAACGGCGUGUUACUGGCGGAGAACGAAAGGCGUGGCUUGGAAGUACUCAUGAAGCACUUCAAGAGGAUGUAUAAACGGCUGACGCGCUCCCUGGAUGAACAAGAGGCCAUAGUCCAGGAGCUGGUGAACCUCCGCGCGGCGGACCGAGCAGCGGGCGACUAUCCGAGGCAGUUCGGCGUCGGUGACGUCGUCACGUACGGCGACGAGCGCCUGGCAGUGGUGUACGGGUGCUCACCAUACUACGAGGCCUCACAGGACUGGAUAGCACAUAGUCGCGCCUGCUCCGGACUUCAGCGAGGAGAAAAGCAACCUUUCUACAACUUGUUGAUGGAGGGUGACCGUUUCGGAUGCAUGGCUGAAGAGGAGCUGCAACUGGCCCCAGAUCCCCAGCCUAUCGAUCAUCAGGAAGUGGGACGCUUCUUCACCCGGUUUGACGGGGAGCGGUACGAGCCGAUCGCUCCGCUGGCCAUUCUCUUCCCCGAGCCGCGGCGUGAGCAUGAGUCAAAAACGAGCUUCGUGGAGUCUCCGAUAGAUGGCAGCGACAGCGACUGGGAAGACGACGUCGAGGAUGAAGAGGAAGAAUGGAGACGGGCACCUCCCACAGUGUGGAUGGGCGUUUGGCCAGAGAUCCUUCCCGAGGACUCAGAUGAUGAGGAGGACACUGAUGGUGUUGCCGUGGCCGGUGACGGGGGCCCGGUGGACCACUGAUGGUUGCGUUGAAUUGUGCGGAAAAUCACAGGGGUGUUCUGAAUACCUCAGCUGCCUCAGUUACUCUGUAUGGCUGUACAUGUGUGCAUAUUCGUGUGCAGGUGUUUUGUUUGCUUGUAACUCAUGGCAUUUUUCUGUGAUUUGUCACGCUGUAUUGACGCCUUUUAUCCCAAGCAGUCGGUGCUUGCAUAUAUAACGUCAUGAUGCUGUUUCUCAGGUGCCUUCAGUUGUAUGUGAUAGUUUUCUGUGCCAUCGGUUGUUUAUGUCAUGCCAGCUUGAGAAAUAUGUGCAUAUGCCACCUGUACAUUUGUUUGUAUCAUGAGUGAUAUGUGACGAGUGAUUUUGUACCUGGCAUGCAGCGGUGGCUGUGCGAAAGCUCAUCAGUGAUAUUUAGUCAAUUUUAAGACAUUAAAAUGUGUCCAUUGCUUUCUUCAUUGCUCUGCUCAGGCAUUGAAAUGUGUUCAUUGAUAGGUCAUCAUGGGCUAUUGCUUGCAUACCUGUGAUAUGUUUUCAAGUAUUGUGCCUUCAUUCACGCCGAUAAUUGUGUCCUGUUUAUCUACAUUUAUCGGCGGUAGAUAGGCAAUUGGUGAUUGCGGAUGUAACGUCAUCAUCCUGUUCUCAGGCCCCUACAGUUGUAUGUGAUAAUUUUCUGUGCCAUCAGUUUUGUAUGUGAUACGAGCUUUAGAAGUAUGCGCAUGUGCCAUGUCUACAUUCAUCUGUAUGAUAUGAGUGAUAUGUUACGAGUGAUUUCGUCCUUGGCUGUGGGAAAGCUCAUCAGUGAUGUAAAGUCGAUUGUUGAGGCGUUGAAAUGUGUUCCUUGCUGUGCCUUAGGUCAUCAUGGGCUAUUACUUGCAUAGCUGUGAUAUGUUGUAAAGUCUUGUGCCUUCAUUUCCGCCGGUAAUUUUAUCCUGUACAUGUACAUUUGUCGGUGGUAGGUACC